AAAAAAUAGUUGAGACAACCAAAAAAAAAGUGAGAGAAAGAAGAGAGAGAGAUAAGAACGAAAAUCAACCCAAAAAGUGAUUACGAUUCAAGUGAAUUUUCUUUCGGCGUGCGUUGGGAUAAAUAAAAGGCAGCAAAAUUUACUACAACGUCGCUUUUGGCAGCGCCAACUCCAGCAUCAACCCCCCCAGCGGCACAUCCACCACCACUGGGAGUACCAUUCAGUACCAGCAUCAGCAGCAGCAGCAGCACCACCACCUCCCAAGCAGCAGUAGCAGCAUCAGCAGCAGCGCCGGCAGAAGAAUGCUCUUUGAGAAUCCAGCGGUUGCGGCCAAGUUGCCAUUUCCAUACAAUGUGCCGCCGCCACUUCAGGCGGCAGCAGCAGCAGCGGCAGCUGUGCCAAAUUUAAGGUUUCAGACACCCAUUAAAGCGUUUGCCUGCCUGACAGCAGCCACAAGGUCAGUAUCUGAGAUGAAUGUCACAUCACUAUACGAGUACGCUGGCAAUCCCAUGGAUAACGCUGCCGCUGCAGCAGCAGCCGCCGCCGCCGGCCUUAUCGAUCCACACCAUCACCAUCCUGAUCUGCACAACGCCCUGGUCGCCUCCAUAGCCAACAACAGUGUGGCUGCCAUUAACGGCACCCUGACCACAGCAGCCGUGCUCAAGAGCGCCGCCGCCGCUGCCCAGCAACAGCAGCAAUCCCAGGUGCAACAGCAGCAGCAGGCACAAGGUGCCAUAGUGGCGCCUGGCCAGGAUCAGUCCCAGGUCGCAGCACAGAACGCCGCCAACGGUGGCGGCAAUCCCCAGCAGCAACAGCAGGUCGCUGCCCAGCAGGCUGCACUGGCGCUGCUCAAGGAGAAUGUGAAUGCAUCGGCGGCCGGACAGAAUGGCAAUGGCGGAGGGGGGGCCAAUCUGAGCAACAAGAGCGGCUCCUCGGGUCGCUCCACUCCCAGUUUGACUGGCGGCAGUGGCUCCGAUCCGGCUCCGGGCAAACUGUUCGUGGGCGGCCUCAGCUGGCAGACCUCCUCCGACAAGCUAAAGGAGUACUUCAAUAUGUUUGGCACCGUCACCGAUGUCCUCAUCAUGAAGGAUCCCGUCACCCAGCGCAGUCGCGGCUUUGGCUUCAUCACAUUCCAAGAUCCCUGCACCGUGGAGAAGGUGCUCAAGGUGCCCAUCCACACGCUCGAUGGCAAGAAGAUCGAUCCUAAGCAUGCCACGCCCAAGAAUCGACCCCGUCAGGCCAACAAGACCAAGAAGAUCUUUGUUGGCGGCGUCUCACAGGACACCUCGGCCGAGGAGGUCAAGGCCUACUUUGCACAGUUCGGACCCGUCGAGGAGACGGUCAUGCUGAUGGAUCAGCAGACGAAGCGCCAUCGCGGCUUCGGCUUUGUGACCUUCGAGAACGAGGAUGUGGUGGAUCGUGUCUGCGAGAUCCACUUCCACACCAUCAAGAACAAGAAGGUCGAGUGCAAGAAGGCCCAGCCGAAGGAGUCUGUCACACCGGCCGCCCAGCUGCUCCAGAAGCGCAUCAUGCUGGGCAACCUUGGCGUUCAACUACCCACAGCACCCGGCCAGCUGAUCGGAGCCCGUGGAGGAGGACUGGCCAUGAAUCCCCUGGCCAUGCUGCAAAAUCAGCAACAACUGCUGCAAUCUCCAGCCUCCGCUGCCCAGCAGGCCGCACUCAUAUCCCAGAAUCCGUUUCAAGUACAAAACGCAGCUGCCGCCGCCGCCUCGAUGGCCGCCAAUCCCGCAAACUUUGGCAAGCUGCUAGCCACAUAUCCACAGACUGCGCUGCAACAUGUCAGGUAUGCACCCUACUCGAUCCCCGCCAGCGCCGCUACUGCCAAUGCCGCCUUGAUGCAGGCCCAUCAGGCGCAGAGCGCCGCCGUCGCUGCCCACCAUCAGCAGCAGCAGCAACAGCACCAGAACCAGCAGCACCAGAACGCCCACGCCAUGGCCGCAGCGGCCCAGCAUCAACACCAGCAGCACCAACAGAAUCACCACACUGCCGUUGCCGCCUCAAAUUCUGCCUCGCAGGCUCACUCCGCCGCCGCGGCCGCUGCCCUGGCGGCCAAUGCCGCGAACGGAGCCGGCGCUGCUGGUGCACACAGCCUGGCAGCUGCCCAGCAGGCGGCACUUGUGGCCGCCGGUGGAAAUCAACUGAAUGCAUCUGCAGCUGCCUUGGCAGCGGCCGCCAAUCCGGCUGCCUACUCCAACUACGCCCUGGCCAAUGUGGAUAUGUCCAGCUUCCAGGGCGUCGACUGGAGUGCCAUGUAUGGCAUGGGCAUGUAUGUCUAAGCUUAGGAAGAGGGUUAUGUUUUUUGGUAAUUUGAAUGAAACAGAAACACACACACGACCCCCUAGUAGUAGCCCCCAUUAAAACGUACAUACAUACAUACAUCCACCCAUACCACACACUCACACUCACACUCAUCGAGAGAUACUCAUCUGAAGUUGGUUUUCCUUUGAGUUCGGCUUAGAUCGUAGAGAGAUCAGAUCCCCCACCCCCCACGCAGCAGAGGGGGCAUAUUAAGUAUUAUAUUUAAGGCGCUCGCGAAGGCGCUCAAUAAAUAUUAUAACUAAUAUAUAUAUAUAUACACAUAAACAAA